CCCCAAACCCUUGAAGUGCAACUUCAUUUAGCAGCUAUUAGUACAAGGAAACUGUAAGUCUGAAACUGACUGUGAUAAGCUGGCCAGCUUGGCUGCUUGCCAUACCAGGCAGGUAUGCUUGGGGGUUAACUGAGCCCGGAUUUGUUCGUUAGCGGCUUGAUUUCUUAACUUGGAGAGCAGUGGGAGCUGUGUUCCAAACAUUUGCUCUGAUGUGUAUGCAGCUGACCAUCUGAAGACAUGGAUAGUAGGAAGGUCAACUAAAUAAGUUAAACUCCAUGUGAUCAUUAAACCUGAGGAGCUCAGAAGAGGAUUUAGCAAGGUUUCUCUGAGGACCCCUCACCUCAGCACUGUCUCUUCCCCACAGGGAUUCCUAUGCAUUUGGAAAUGCAAGCGAAGUAAUGGAGAUUGAGCCCUCGUACACUGACUUUAUUUCCUGUGAUCGCACUGGGCGGAGGAACGCUAUCCACGACAUCCAAGGAGACGCAACCUCCAUCAGCAUGCGGAAGCUGGCAGGCGACAUAGGCGAGCUCUCCAUUGAAGGAGCAGGAAACCAAGCUGCUGCUUCUGAGAAGGAACCUGAAGCGAGACUUGAGGGGCAAGAUGGCACCCCCCCAUCAUGAGCGCCACAGGAGUGGGUGGGGGAAGGGUGGGAGGAGGAAAGAACUGUAAA